UAUUCAGUAUUCGUUUCUACGCGAGUCUGUCGAGAUCGUGAGGCCGCAGGACGUCUAUCGAUCGUGAAGGCAUCGAUUUCCUUACGCCUUUAUUUACCGGCACGAUUUUCUUAAUUUCAUAUAGUGAGUCUGUUUUGUUUGUGUACGUUGUGAGUGACAGUUUUUAGCAGUCACUUCUUGUUACGUUGAUUAGUGGAAUUUUUGAAAUUUUGAUAACCACAAUGAAGAACGGCGUAGACAAAAAAUUAGAUGAUAGGAUUUUCAAGGAAGUCAUAGUAAUUGGAAAUGGACCAAGUGGGAUUUUAGUCUCCUUGCUGCUCAGUGGCAGACUGCCAAUUCUUACCUCCACGGAGCAUCCGGACGAAAUGCUCAGUGCCAGACUUAAAAGCCUCGGUUCUAAAUGUUUACUCAUACAGGAUCUGGAUUUCCUUGCCCAAGGCUUGGAAGGCAGAUGUAUGAAUCCAGUGUCGUUAUUAAUGGAUGCACUGUUACACCCUUGCGCCGAUUUAGGCUUAGACUUAAAACCGCUCGUGGAGUUUAGACCUGUUGGGACGGAGAUUGAUCACCUAGUAAUUGGGCGAGGUCCACCAGGCGGUUCCUGGCACCGUAUCGAUCCAGACGUCCUCACUCUUUCGUUGAGCAGCUGGAUGGCUCUUCCCAAUCAGCAGACGUUACCUCAAUGCUCUGUCAAUGAAAAACGAGCGUAUGCCCGUGACGUUGCGGUAUCUUAUGAAAAAUACGUAGAAUCCAUGAACUUAAAAAAGUAUUUUCUGGAAAAUACUUUAGUCACAUCUGUAGAAAGUGCUAUUUCUAAUGAUGAUUGUUGGAGAAAAAAAAACGUGCGAGUAAAGAAAUUGGAAAGAGAUGUCGUGGAGAGAGUAAAAGACUAUUUCGAACCAGUGGUGGAGGAUGCAGAAGCUGAUAGAUGUUUCUUGACCAAUGCGUUGAACUGUUUGCUUUCAAGGAAUAGCAAACGAGUCAAGCAUGGAAAAAGAACAAGGAAUAGUUAUUCUGAAAGUGGUGGAAGGAAACAUCAGACGGCGAAGUCUGAACCAAUCAUCAUUCCCAAACACGAAAGAAAAAGAUCGAUUUCUUGUUGUUGUUGUUGUGGCAGCCAAAAUACUCAGGAAAACCCUAAAAUUAAAUUAAAUAACAAUAACCUUUCACACACCAUAAGUCUUGAACGAAACACUAACAAUUCCUCAGCGCCUAGAUGGCUUCUGGAAGCGACUAAUUUAACUACAGGACAAAACAUUAAAUAUAGCUGUAAUUACUUAGUGCUUGCUUGUGGAACGUAUGAUUCGCCGAAUAGGUUGACUUUAUUUAAAAAUAUCGAAGAUCCACACUGGCUACUUCAUGACUUAAGAAGUUUAGAGACAAAACUAGACGAAAAACUACAAAUGGGCGAUAUUCGAGACCCAGUGUUAAUCGUUGGAGGUGGAUUAAGUGCUGCUGAUGCUGUAAUGGCUGUUCGCUCGAGAAAUGUGCCAAUCUUGCAUGUUUUUAGGGGGAAGACAGCAGAAUUCGUCAGGCAGCUGCCAGAGAACAUGUACCCUGAAUACCAUAAGGUGCGUCAAAUGAUGACUGAUGGAGGUACAUCCUAUCCCCUCUACAAAGCUUAUCCAGAACAUUCCGUAACCGACUUCGACGUGCACCGUCAGACUGUUAGGCUCACAUCACAUUUAGGGGAGGAGACCGAAGUAAAAGUGUCAUUCGCGGCAGUCCUGAUUGGUUCCCGUCCAAAUUUAAAUUUUUUGCCAAAAAAUAUGAAAUUAGGCGUUUAUCCAGACCGGGAAGUGGAUUCAAAGACGAAUCCGGUUAAUAUAAAUCCUUUGACUCAUGAAGUAUUGGGAUAUGAUGGCUUAUUUGCUGUCGGGCCGUUGGCGGGUGAUAAUUUUGUGAGGUACAUUCCAGGGGGUGCUGUUGCCGUUGUAAGUGAACUAUACAAACGAUGGGGAUUGGUAAAUGACUAUUGAAUAUUUAACACAAACUUUAAGUUUUUGUGUUUGUAAGGAAAAUUUAUAAUACUUAAGGCAUAAAAAAUUGUUAAUUUGACUAAAAGUUGAUUGAUACAUAUGUAACAAUAGUAUAAUUAGUAAAGGGUAUAAGUUCUAGUAAAAUACAAAGUUAAAAUUUACUAAUGAAAUACCUUAAGGUUUUAUGUCCAUAUAAUUUAGUGAGUACUUUUUAAACGUCUUAAUAUGUUUAUGAGAUUUUUUACCUGUAGGAUGCCUUCCUUAAAAACGUCUUUAAAUUUUCGUUACAAAAAUGAAAACUCUACUUAGAUCUAAUUUUAAACAAUAUAUGAAAAAUGCUCGUUUUAUAUCAUUCUAGAAUAUAUUUCAUAAAAAUGCAAUGUGAUAUUAUAUUAUAUUGAAAUGAAUACGAACAAAAAAAAAAGAAAAAUUGGUGCUUGCUAUGAAAGUUGAGUAUAAAAGGUAUUUAUAAAUAUGUUUCAAUUGAAUUUUUGAGCUUUAGAUAUACAAAAUAUAUAGUAUUAGUCAAAAUAUUCAUUUUAAAAGUCAAAAUUCUUAAAAUUGAUCAUCUCAACACAUUUCUUCAUAAGGAAUUUUUUUUAUAAUACGUUGUAUGUUGUAUGGCGCAUUUUCAUCCCUUGACUACAAAAAUCAAAAAUUUUAAAUGAAUGGCAAUUUUAAUGAUAUCAAGUCACUGUUUUAAAAUACUUUCCUUUUUUUAUAUUCUGAGGUCUCUAACAAUUGUUUCUGUAUGUAUUGUGCUAAUAAUCAAGAGAGAUUAAAAAAAAUAACAGAAAGUUACUUUAUGUUCGAACAAUGAUGAAAAUUAAAAAAUAAUAGGAAUAGUUCAGUUCACUCAAAUCUCUAUAGUUUCCGAUGCUCAGAAGAGAUUUUUUAACGGAUUAAGAUUAUAAUUCUAGAUUCUAUAGUUUCAAGUUCUUAACAAAAUUUUUCAAUUUGUUAAAAGGCCAAAUCAUCUGAAAUGCCUUUGGUCUGACUCUGAGACGUCAUGAAUUUUUCGCUAUUUUGAAAUGAUUGAGAAAAUAUUUUUCUCUGGUAUGGCACAUUGUGAAUUGAACAAGUAAGUAAUGCAAAUAUUCCCGGGUAAUUUGAAGAACAUUGUUUUUGCUAGUUUGGUAGUAGUAUAUUUUGGAUUGGCGUAACUUUCUUUAAAUAUUCCUUAAAAAUUUGGUGUUAUACAUAACCCAAGUCUUGGAUCUGAUUAAUAUGUGAUGGCGGCACAUUCUACAUAGGACGCGUAGUUGUGUCAUCUGUGCGAUAGAUUUCUUAACUUAAAUCGUUAAUAUCUUUUGAAGGUCCGGCUGUAUUGAUAUUAUAGUUAGACGGAAACAUGUUCCAUAAUUUUAAGUUUAGUAAUGAAUGAUCCUGCGAGAUAGAUGUCCUGUUUCAAGUUUAAUGGCAAUAUUUGAUCUUCACCGUAAAACUUAAGCUUGAAAAAACUGUAAUCAGUUAUAAUAUUUCCAAAAGCUACUUGUCUGAUAUUACAUGUUUAAACUAUAUUGACUCGGGUUAAGGCAUAGAUAGCUUAUACUUGCGUAGUGUAGGUGCAGUAUUUUUUCUUCAAAGCCGGAGGUAAGUACUAGAUCUGAUUAAACAAAUUGGCUAUUCCUGUUCGUGAUCUCUUGUGUUUUUUCCUUUGGUUUUCUAAUGCCCUUGAUAAACCAAAACGCAGAAACAUGUUGCAGUAGGUACCCCCGUUGUUUACCAGUUUAUCACGUUUUAAUUUCUUUCUUAAUCUUGGAAUGUUCACGGUUUUAAUUAACGAUCAAAUCGUUGAUAGAAUUUGUUCAGGAGAAUCCAACUAAUAACUACGAUGUUGCUAGAUUGCAAAGCAAUUUUCUUAGGUUUUAUUGUUAGCUAUUAUUUUUAAACAUGACAUGAUAAGGAAACAUUUCAGCCAUUCGGAAUUCUUACCUUUUUUAAUUAAACAGUAAUUAGUGAUUUUUUUUAUAUUAGUAUAUUUGUCGCUAUACUAUUUAAGUGACAUUUUUCAAAUCAAAUUUCUAUGGUUUUUGAAAUGAGGGUCUUCUGUAUCUGUCUAUUAUACGAACAUGGAACAAUGUAAAAUUCACUUACAAGUAAUUCCAAUUGAAAUCAGAAUUUACUAUUGAUUUAUGUUAAAAACUAUUAACUCUUGACUUUUACCUCGUUAGAGUUAUAUUUCUUUUAAAUAGUAGGUAUACUUUUUAUGGUAUACUUUUCUUUAUUUUACAUCUAAAAAUAAACAUCUGACUUUAUUUAAGAGAGUCCAAUUUCAAUAAAAUAAAUUGUUAAUUUUGCUUCAUGAAAGAAAAUGUUCUUUAUAUUGAAACAAAAAGAAAAAUUCUAAAUAAUUUUUAUUGAUGUAUUCAUUAAGAUGGCUAAUUUAUUGCUCCUUGUAAUAGCUCGCUGUAAAUUACGUGAAAGAUAUCGAAUGGAGCUUAUUUAUUAUUAUAUAAUCCAAAAUAUUAUAACAGAGCAAUUAAUGCAGCUUUAAAAGUGGAUUUUAAAUUCAUUUCACAUUAUUAAUCAAAAAUCAUUGUUUUUACCUUAGAUAUUCUUAUAAAUAUGUACAGACUAGUAAUAGUGAUUUAAAAAUACUGUAUGUAAAAAAUAGAAUUUAAAUUUUACUUUAUUGACUUUGAAUACUUUUGACCAAUGCUAUAUAUAUUAUUUGUUAGUUAUAAAAAUAGCCUUUAAAUAUGAUUUAUUGUGUGAUAUUUCCAUAAGUUACAAUUUACAUUCAUACCAAUUAAAUUGUUUGAACUUUUACUUAAAGUCAUACUUUUAAAUUGGCAAAUUGGUCUUACUACUUACUAUUUAAUACGUGUAACAAAUACUUUUCAUAAAUAUGAACACAUUGAAUAUGAGAAAAAUGAGGCUGUGGUGCAUAUUAGUGACGGUUCCAUUAUAUUUAAGUUUUAGAAUGGUUCGAUCCGUCGUAUUAAAAUUGUACAGGUAAUGUUUUUAUAAAUUAUAUUUUUAUAUAUAUAAAAACUGUAGAGUAGUGGACCUAUUAUUAAUGUAUAGCGACAUAGUAUAGUGUUGCAUUAAUAAAAUAUUGUAUUUAAAAGCACCAUAGGUUUUUUAAAAUAAUAUAAAUUGUUGGUUUGGUAAAUAAAUACUAAUUUUACGCUA